AUGAAUAGUAGUAAUAAACAUGAUAGUGUACCAGAUUGGUCCUUACAGAUAACAGAACAGCUUAUAUCGCCCCCACAACAAGCACAGCAGCAGCAGCAGCAGCAGCAAACUACAGCUGAUACUGCGACGAAGGCACAUGUCUCAAACCUUCCCUCUUCUGCUAUGGUAGUGCAUCAGACACCAGGCGAUGCACAAUUUGAAAAUUACAUAGAUCGACAGUUCACAUCUCGUGAUGCGAAAUUGCUAAAAAAUCGACUCUCUGAAGCUACCACACUUCGAAAUUCUUCUACUCUACCCGCACCUGACUGGAAAGACAUUGAAAAGACGAUACCCAACACACAGCAACAAGCACAAGAAGAAGGAGCGCCACCACAUCCAUACCAUCAUUAUCAGGGUCAAGAUGAUCAGCAGAGCCAAGACAGCCAUGUUUGGUGGGUGACCAAAAAUGAUCAAGAUGGAUUUUACUCUAUCUGUGGAUUGCUGUUUGUGUUUGGGUUCCUGUUUCCUCCUUUAUGGUGGAUAGGAUCCGCCUGGCCUAGACAUGAUUCAGUUCGAUUUUAA